AUUGUUUAGCUUUUGCUUUGCACGUAAGCUGCCUUAUCCAAAAAGAGAAAAGUUGAUGGGGGUAUUUUAUUAGUAUAUUACUAGGAAUAGCAAAGAAUAUGGAAUAUUAACAAUACAUGAAAAUGGUUUUCUAUUACUUGACAUGCAAGUUUUGUUCAUCUUCAAAGAAAUUUCCAAACUUGUGCUUUCAUCCAUUGAUCUCCUCAAAUACCUCUAUCACAUUCUUCUUUUCCCAAAUCCCAACCCAUCAAUUCUUUUGGUUAAUUAGUAAUUACCCUUUUUUUGUCCUUCAAUGGAACGUGAAGAAGGGAAACAACCUCCCCAAAAGACCCCAUUACACAAUCAACACGAGCAAGCUAAUUCCAACAAUUUUGUUCUAGAACAUAACUUGCAAGAGCAAAGUGGGACAUUCACAACUUUUGCAUCAUUUGAAAGUGAAACUGAGGGCGAGUCUUCCUUUGAUGACAAUGAUUAUGAUGGGGAUGCUGAUUUUUUCCUGAGCCAAGAGUUCGAAUCGGAACUUCAAUUUCUUGAGAGUGAAGGAAGCAAUUACAACAACGAUGAUGACAAUGAUGAAGAUAUGGAAGAAGAUAACAUCGAUGUAGAUGAAUUGACUUAUGAAGAGUUGAUUGAGUUGGGGGAUUUUAUAGGACAAGAGAAGAGAGGGUUGUCAGCACAUGAAAUUUGUUCAUGCUUGCAUAUUCACAUUUUCCAUUCUGCUGAAAACAAAAGUGGAAUUGAUCGUUGUGUGAUUUGUCAGGUUGAAUAUGAAGAAGGUGAACCUUUGGUGGCAAUUCAGUGCGAGCACCCUUAUCACACAGAUUGCAUAAGCAAGUGGCUUCAAAUUAAGAAGGUUUGCCCAAUAUGUAACACUGAAAUUUCAGCUCCCAAGAUGGUUAGUUAAGAAUAUAUACUUGGUUUUUAGAUAGUUUAAAAUUUAUGCUUCCUUCAUUUGUGCAAUCUGAAUUUGAAAUAGUUAAAGGAAAUAAAAGCUUAACUGGAGCUUAAUUUGUAACAUUGUAAUCACAGAAAUUUGAUGUUUCAAGGUAUGAAAGUGAUUGGAAAUCAAUUAUACUU